AAUCUCUCAAGAUUCUUAAUUAAAAUGUAGGCAACUAAGAAAACACAAGUCAUUUAAUUUUGAAUUUAUCAAUAAAAAACAGCUGAGAAUGAAAAUAAAAAUGUCAGGUGGUUGUCAAGUUCUAAAAUUAAUUACAUUUUUGCAUUUUAGUACAAAUUUAUAGUUAAAUUUUAACUGUUAUAGUUUAAUACGUUUGAAAUGAUAAAUGUAGUUAAGCAAAUUCUCAAUAAUAUUUAUUAGAAUAAUUUAAUUAUAAAUAGUGCAUAAACCUUUCAAAUAUGGAAAAUCAGGAACAAAGGGUCUCCAGAAAUAAUGGAAAUAUAAUUAAAAAAUCGGAUACUCUUUUAAGCCAUAUAGAAAUAACUGUUUCUGAAUCAGAAAAACGCAAUAAUGGUGCUCUUAAUCUUAGAGAUUAUUAUACAGUAUAUUUAAUUGAAACUAAACUCAUCGAUUUAAAUUAUCAACACAAAAUUGCCAAGCUAGCAACUGUCUGGAGGAGAUAUACUGAAUUUGAACAACUGAGGGAUUACUUGGAGCUUACUUAUCCCUACAUUGUUUUGCCACCUUUGCCAGAAAAACGUGUUAUGUUUGGAUGGCAAAAAAUAUCAAAUGAUACUUUUGAUCCAAAUUUCAUAGAUCGUAGAAGGGCUGGGCUUGAAAAUUUCCUAUUGCGAAUAGCGUCCCAUCCUGUAGUCAAUUGGGAUAGACAUUUUAUUGAGUUUUUGCAAGAAGAAGAUGGCUGGAAGGAGUCUUUAAAAUCAAAUGGGUAUUUACAAUUAAUGGAGAAUAAAUUGAAAAACUUAAGUGUUGCCAUAAGAUUAAAACAUCCAGAUCCUCAGUUUGAGUCUUAUAAAGAUUAUAGCUAUAAACUGCAUACAAACUUAAAUAAUUUACUAAAGGCUAGAUGUAAAGUUGCUGAAAGACAAUAUGCAGUUCACAAGCUUCACGCUAAUUAUGGUCGAGUGUUUAGUGAAUGGAGUGCUAGUGAAAAAGAGAUGGGUGAUAAUUUACAAAAGAUUGGACACUACUUAGAUUCUCUAGCAUCUUGUAUUGAUGCAGCUUUAGAAGACGAAGAGUUACUUGCUGACCAGCUAAAAGAAUACCUGUUUUUUUCUAAUUCUUUGCAGUCAGUUUGUAAAAGUCGAGAAAUUUUACAGUUAGAACUAGAAGAUGCUGAAGAAAAUAUUGCUAAUAAAAAUAUUGAGCGUACCAAAGUUCAGCAAGGGAAGUCUGGAUUAAUGUCUCGAUUGUUUGGAGCUGUAGAUACUGACGAGGUGCGGGAAUUGAAAAUGAACAUGUUAGAACAACAAAUUCAAGAAGGAGCUGUAGCUGUUAAUAACAAUAAGGAGUGCUUGAGGACAUUCUCCUCAAAAGCAGUUGAAGAUAUUAAGAGAUUUCAAACUCAGAAAAAUUCAGACUUGAGAGAAACCUUAACGAGUUAUGCCUUCCUGCAGUUGAAAACUGCGAAGAAAGGUUUACAAACAUGGGUACAAAUUCGGGACUGCCUUCUAAACAUUCCAUGAAUAUAAGAAUAUUUAUAUUUUCCAUUAUUUUUAAGUAUUUUUCACAAUUUUUCCGUAAUUAAGUAGCACCAACUCCAAUACUAUUGUAUAUUUAUAUAAGGUCACACAGAAACAAGGUUCAUGAGCAAAUUUUGAAUCAUUUAGCAUUUUUAUGACUAUGAAUACUGUAUCUUUAUAUAUUUAUCAUUUUAAGUAUAUUUUUUGUUAUAUUUUGAGAGUUAUAUUACAGAUUUAGACAUUUAACAUAUUAUUGAUGUAUACUAAAAUAAUAUGGUAUAAUGUUUAUUAUAUUUUAAGCAUUUUUACACUUUAAGUAAACUUACUUCAAAUACUAUUUGUUGUUACAAAUAGUAUAAAGUUGUUAUAGAGACACUCAAAUACUCCAGCAAAUAUUUAAUGUUCUAAUAGUAUUUAUAUUUUUUUUGUUUUGCAUCUGUACUUUUUUUUAGUUUAUUCAUUGUUAUGUUUAUAUUGAGAUCAUAUUUCUGGAAAUAAACAUUUUGAAAUAUUUUGG